CGGGGCGUCGGCGGGUGCCGGCGGGGCGGGGAGCGGGCGCUGAGCGGAGCCGCCUCCCUCCUCCCGGCCCCGCCAUGGCUCCGUCCUGCCGGCGCAGCAAGGGCCGGCUCGGCCGGGGGGACGAGGACUGCAGCAGCCGGCGCGGGGACAGGAAGGCCCGGAAGCCGCUGGUGGAGAAGCAGCGGCGGGCGCGGAUCAACGAGAGCCUGCAGGAGCUGCGCCUCAUCCUAGCGGACGCGGAGGUGCAGAGCAAGCUGGAGAACGCGGAGGUGCUGGAGCUGACGGUGCGGCGCGUGCAGCGAGUCCUGCGGAGCCGCGCGCGCGCAGGGAGCGACGCCGACACGCUGCUGCAGCGCGAAGCCAGCGAGCGCUUCGCGGCCGGCUACAUCCAGUGCAUGCACGAGGUGCACAGUUUCGUGUCCGCCUGCCCCGCCAUCGACGCCGCCCUGGCCGCGCAGCUGCUCAACCACCUGCUGGAGUCCAUGCCGCUCAGCCCCGCCGCGCCAGCCCCCGCGCCCUGGCCCGCCCCGCGCCGCGCCGCCCCUAGCGAAGAGACUUGCUCGGAUGCGGAGGAGCCCGAGGCCGAGCCAGGGCGCACCGAGCCGGACCUCGCCCGGACGCGCCCGCCCGCCGCCGCCACGCCCAAGUCCAUGUGGAGGCCGUGGUGACCCGGGCGCCCCCGGGGCCGAGCGUGCGUGCGUGUGUGUGUGCGUGCAUCUGUACACGGGGGGGGGGGGGGGUGUAUAGAGCUGUUUGUGUAGGCAGUGAGUCUACCUGGACGUGCCUGUCCAGACCAGGUUUCAGGACACCUGUGGCACUCUUACACUGUCGAAGCCUGACAGGUUAAUAGGGACAUGUGUUACUAGUGUGUGUGGUGGGGCUGAUCUCCUGUAACUUGGGGGAUGUAGGGAUGCCCCACAAAGGGUGCUACUGUUUUUUUCUAUAGCAAAGCUCCUGUGUGGAUGCGCAGCUAAACUUCCUAGCCCUGUCUGUCUGUCUCUGUCUUUUUAACUUUCCUUCUGGGCCCUUAUAAAUGGCUCAAAUCUUACUACCUUUUUUCUGUUAAAGAAAGGGCCUUGCCUGUGUUGAACUUUGGGGGCUGACUGGCAGAGAAGGAUAGGACAUGUGUGUGCAUGCACAGUUUGAAGAUAGAGAUCCCUGAAAGGGAUUGACAUGUUUAGGAUCCUGCUUGUUAGCCCUCUAGCCUCUUGCCUUCAGUGAAGGCUGAGCAAACUAGAAAAGCAGCUGGAGUUAGAUGAAGAUUUAAAAGACUGGUGGCAGGGUGCCUUUUUAGAACUGCACAUUUUGCUUUUAGCACACUUGGAGUUUAUCACGACUGUCUGUAUAUUAGGGUAUCAAAUGUUUUAUUUUUAUUUUUUUUUAAAUAAAAAAAAUACAUGCAAUCAAUUGGGUAUUCAGUAUUUUGGAGUGUGAUACACUUCUAACCACUUUCUUAGAUCUCAUAGACACUUAAGGCUGGAAGGGAUCAGCCCCAAUGUCUGACACUUCAACUUUACAGUUGAAAUACUCAGUUCCAUACUCUUGGGUAUUUAAUGAAUUGUCUUCUGUUGGAAAUCAGGCACUUAAUUCUUGUACUAAACUGUUGUUAGCUGCAGUACUGGACUUCAAAUGUUUCUUUUAAUACUGAGAGAGAUUUAAGAUAUUGCAGUAAGCAAUAUAGAGAUGGUUGUAGGCUGAUAUUAGGACUUGACAACUUCUACUCUUGCUUAUUCAAUACCAGUCCCAAGAAACUAUACCUCCCCCACAGUUCUAACUUCAUCAGCCCAAGGCAGACUGCUAAUGGGGGCUGGACUUGACUUAACUUGUACAUUAAUCUGCUGAAUAUAAAAGGGGACAAAAAAAAGACUACAAAGGGAGUGCAAUGGAUUUUUUUAGACAAACAUUUCUAAUUACCUCUAGGACUUACGCAUUCUCCUACACAAGGCCUGAUGCCUCAUUGUUCCUAUUUUUGGAAGAGCAGGGUUAUAGACUCUGAUAUUAUCUUUCACAGAGCUGUCUUUGUACUAAGGGGCACUGUAAAAUAUCUUUGCUUGGGAACAUUCACUUAUUAAGAACCAGUAGGAAGGGAAGCAAAACAUAAACUAGAGGACAAGGCAUGUGACUUUCCUUUGUUAAAAACUCUAUGGAACAAUAAAACUGUAAACUUAA